AUGGCGUCCUACUUCUACACUAGCUUCAUGCCCACACUCCUUUGUGCACUCUUUGUAAUUCAAGCCUUGGAAUUCAGUCAUUCCAAAGCCUUAACAAAUGUAAGCUGCAUUGUCGCUGAGAGGGAAGCUCUUCUCCAGUUCAAGCAGGAUCUUAUUGAUCCUUUGAGACGACUGUGGUCGUGGACCGGCAAGGGUUGUUGCGAGUGGGAAGGAGUCAAAUGCAGCAAGAAGACUGGUCACAUCUCGAAGCUAGAUCUUCGUAAUCCCUGUGAUGGCUUAGAGGAGUGCAGUCUGGGAGGUAAGAUACAUCCAGCUCUAAAAGAAUUGAAGAAUUUGAAGUAUCUAGACCUUAGUUUCAACAAUUUUUCAAACCAAAAAAUCCCGGAAUUCUUAGCUUCUCUUCAGAAACUAGAGUAUCUCAACCUCUCACAUGUAGGCUUCUAUGGAGAUAUUUCUCAUCAACUUUGUAACCUUUCCAGCUUACGAUACUUGGAUCUUAAUAGUGAGUGGACAUGGUCCUGGCUUUCUUUAGAAACAAAGAACCUCAUAUGGCUAUCGACAUUUUCUAACUUGAAAUACUUAGACCUGUCUUAUGUCCACGUUCUCAACCCCAAAGAAUGGUUCAGUCCCAUCAAUUUGCUUUCCUCCCUGGAGUUCUUAAUACUGAGGGAAUGUGAUUUGGGUGAUAUUUCAACCUCCCUACAUGUCAAUUUCACUUCUCUUAGAUUCCUUGAUCUGAGUUUUAACUCCAUGAAUUCAUCUAUUCCUCCUUGGUAUCAAAACUUCAGCAAACUCAAACAUCUUGAUUUAAGUUCUAAUGAUCUCCAAGGCAUAUUCCCCAUUGUCAUCCUUAAAAAUAGUCGGUGGCUUAGAUUCCUUGAUGUCUCCGCAAACAGGCUGGAAGGUGAACUUUUGAAAAACUUGAGCAUUUUCUGCGAUCUACAAGUACUAAGCUUGAGUUACAACCAAUUUAGUGGGAGGAUUUCCGACACCAGGGACGGUCCUUUGAUUUGUAGACAAACUAACCUGAAGACCAUUGAUGUUUCCAACAACAAUUUCAGUGGUCAAUUACCCAAUCAAUUUGUGAAUUUCAAAGAUCUCGAAUUACUUGACCUUUCACGGAGCUCGAUUUCAGGUUCUAUUCCCGCUACUGUGGGCCAACUAUCAUCUCUAAGAAAGUUGGCCCUCUUUUCUAACAAUUUGAGCGGGAACAUUCCCGAAAGUAUUGGGCAACUAUCCAACCUAGAGAUUAUGGACAUUGGGGAUAAUCAAUUAGAUGGAGUAGUCAGCGAACUUCACUUAGCAAAUCUCACCAGCUUGACCGAGUUGUACUUUUGGUCGAAUGAGCUUGUUAUAAAUGUUAAUGCAUCUUGGGUUCCUCCUUUCCAAAUUCAAGCAAUUUCCAUGUCCAAUUGCAAAGUGGGACCAAAAUUCCCAAAUUGGCUUCAAACUCAGAAGAACAUUUCGAUGUUGUACAUGUCAAAUGCUAGCAUCUCAGAUGAAGUUCCCCAUUGGCUGCCUGACAUUUUAUCUAACAUUGAAGAGUUGGAUCUAUCGCACAAUAUGCUCAGAGGCAACAUAUCCCGAAUUAUUGGAAAAAAUAUGUCACCAUUAAGGCAAGUGUUACUUUCUAGAAAUAACCUUAGUGGUGUCAUUCCAAAUUCAUUAUGCAUGUUAGAUGGACUGUAUUUUGUUGAUCUCUCUAAGAACCAACUAUCUGGGAGACUUCCACAGUGUUGGAGGAAAUCGCAAGCAAAUUUGGAAUGGAUUUUGUUGGGAGACAACAUGUUAAAUGGUCAGAUUCCAAACUCUCUAUGCCAUUUGAAGCAAUUAAGAGCUCUAAGCCUACAUGAAAAUGUCUUAAACGGAGUGCUUCCAAAAUGUUUACUAAAGCUAGAUUUGGCAAACCUCGACCUCAGUGACAAUCAAUUCACAGGUAGAGUACCUCCUUUUGGACGACACUCUCGAUUAUUUACCAUAAUCAAUUUGGAGAGAAAUUACUUCACUGGGGCCAUUCCUUUGCAGCUAUGUCAUCUUACUAAUCUCCAAUAUUUAAGCCUAGCGCACAACAAUCUUUUCGGAAGCAUUCCUCAUUGUUUCAAACACUUCUCACAGAUGUGGGCCAAUUCCACUUUUUCUCCGAGUGGGGGAUUCAUGGCGAGGUUUCCCAUUAUGGUUAAUAUUAAAGGAACAAGCCAAGAAUUCACCACCACCCUCCCAUAUUUAUUUUCCAUUGAUCUUUCAUGCAACUCAUUAGACGGACAAAUACCGGAAGGGCUGACUUGGCUUGCUCAACUUCGGAAUCUGAACCUCUCUCAAAAUAAGCUAAUCGGAAAAAUCCCUUCAGAUAUUGGUAACUUGAGAGAUUUAGAAUCAUUGGAUCUAUCCAAUAACAAGCUAUCGGGUGAAAUCCCUCCUAGCAUAGCCAAUCUAGACUUUCUAAGUCAUUUGGAUCUUUCCUUCAACAAUUUAUCUGGUCUUGUUCCAUCGGGCAAUCAUCUGGGCACUCUAGACGAUCAAUCCGCUUAUCAGGGCAAUGAUGGACUUUGUGGAGCUCCUCAUUUGAAAAUUUGUGUUGAAGAUGAGCAUAACGAUAUGGACAAACAAGAUGGUCACAGAUCGAGUGAAGAUGAGUCUAAUGAAAGCUAUUCCAUUGUUGUUUGGUUUUACUUAGGAGUAGGAGCGGGUUUCGUAGUGGCAUUCUUGGGAUUCUGUGGCAUAUUAUAUUUCAAGAAACCUUGGAGGAUCACCUAUUUUCGAGCGGUGGAUAGGGUUAUCGAAAAAAUUGCCGAUCGUGAGGAUAAUUACCAUACCUUGAUUUAA